AUGGCUCGCUUCUUCUCCAUAGCGGCCGCCUUCGCCUUCACCUUCGCCGUCGUCACAGCCAGCGCCAUCCCCGCCCGCGCCGCCGACUACGCCUGGACCUUCGCCUUUACGGGAGCGAAAACGUGUCCCGGGUGGCCGUGUCAAUACUCCUACAACCUCACAGCACCCCUCUACAGCUCGUCCACGGCCUCGAUCCCCGCCUUCGCCGCCAGCUGCGCUGGCACGAUCGACCAGCCGCUGCAGGCCUGCCAGCUAUUGGCGUUCUCUGCUGCUCCGGGUUCGCGCUCGGAGAUGCGAGCGGUUGCGGGCAACUUCAGCUCGUACGAGACGAGCGGGGAUGGGAGGGGCGUGUUGGCGGUGACUGCUACAUGGUUUGAUGAUGUACAGAACAAAAGCCUGACGAUCACGGGAGUGACGCCCGUGGAGGCGAAUGACGGCAGCACAUGGGACGUUCAGCCGACGGGCUGCCCGUUGACAGCCUGCUAA